UGGUCGACAUUGUCCGACAUUUCGGCGCAAAAAUCGCAUCAGUUCGUGCAAACCUUCCAGGCAGAUGUUCAAGUUUUGUUAUAAAAUUAAAUAUUUCGAUAGGCUUCUAAGCUUAUAACUUAUUGAAUAAACUACGGUAAGCAUUUAUAACUGAAAGCUUCAAUUUACCAUGCCUGUUCCGGUGAAGCAAAUCGGACCGACACGUAAAUUCCUGAAAGGUCGACUCCAAAGAGACGUUACGACUUUCCGCGGAUACGAAUCGGAAUGGCAACACAUUCGAGAUCUGCUGUCCCGUACGGCGGAACAUGGCGAAUCUAACAGUGCCCUACUGCUGGGUCCUAGAGGGUGCGGGAAAACCACGCUCGUUACGUCAGUAUUGGCAGACUUGCUUCCGGAUGAGAAUUUCUACAGGAACACCCUGAUCGUGUACCUCAACGGAUUGCUCCAUACGGACGAUCGAUUGGCGCUGAAGUCUGCCACCGCACAGAUGAACUUGGAGAAUGCCGUCGACGGGAAAGUGUUCGGAUCGUUCGCGGAGAACCUGGCCUUUCUGUUGGAGUGCCUUAAAGCGGGCGACAAGAAACGGUCCAAGAGUGUGAUAUUUCUGCUGGAAGAGUUCGACCUGUUCUGUGCUCACCAUAAUCAAACGCUGUUGUACAAUUUAUUCGAUGUCGCCCAAUCCGCACAGGCUCCGAUUUGUGUGCUAGGUAUAACAGCUCGUUUGGAUGUGAUUGAACUGUUAGAAAAACGUGUCAAGUCAAGGUUCUCUCAUCGUCAAAUAUUCAUACUCCCACGUGAAAACGGAAUAGAAGAUCGAGUUGAACUAUUUAAACUGUUACUAAAAUUGCCAACCGAUAAGGAGCUCAAAGAACACACUAAACGCAUCAAGCCAAUCCCAGCAGAAGCACUUCAGAACCACGAGCUUCCGUUACUGCGGCGGGUUUUCAAACCUAGCGAUUAUUCAUUCGAUUCCAAAUGGGUUUCUCAGUGGAACAAGCACAUCGAUGUACUUGCUGCCAACCCCAAGGUAACUUCCGUUCUGCAAAACAUGUACUACUAUGAUGUUGUGGAAGCUACCUUCAAGACAUUUCUGUUCGAGCUGGUGUCUCUUUUGAGUGACACUCAUCCUUUCGUCAUCGUUGAAGACAUUCAGCUACUGGGACAACAGUUCGAAUGUGACGAUAAGAUCAAUCUACUAUGUGGCCUAUCAGUGCUAGAACAGUGCUUACUAAUUGCCAUGAAACAUCAUUCGGAAAUAUUCGAUCGAGAUCCGUUCAACUUUGAAAUGAUUCUAACGCGGUACAACAAGUUUGCCAAUUCCAGCACUACGAUGCAAGGUAUUGAUCGUAGUGUGGUGCUGAAGGCGUAUGAACACGUGAAAAACCUGGAAUUGAUAGCUCCAGUGUGCGGAUCCAGUUCUAAGGUACAAAAGGAAUAUCAGUUGCAUCGAUUACUGUUGACUUAUGGACAAAUCAACCAGGCUGUGAUGAAAACGCCAAACCUUCCCACUGAAUUGUGUCAAUGGGCACAAAGCUCAUUGAUUUAGUAAGAUACCUACUAGAAUAAGUCCUAUCGCUUUAAUGUAUGUUUACGUUGAAUAAUAAUUGUAAGAAUUAUCAUUA